AGGUUUUUCGGGUACCAACCGUCGAUGUCAUCGUCGUUACGUCGGUACCGCUGUGCGACGAGGAUUAUUUCAACAUCGAGGAUCGAUGGAUCAAGAGACUCAAUGAGACCAUGAAGAAGCGUCAAGACACGAAAGCAGAAGAUCUGGAAAAACUCUACGAGACCUUAGAGCGCGCGCGGUCCCCCACGGGCCUUCUCACAGUGAAGAUUGGCGAAAUGGAAAGCGGCCGCUUCAUUGGCAAGGUGAAGCCGGACAAGGAAGUGGAGCGCCUGGCGCGGAAGUUUCGUUUGGACGACCCGGUGGCCUCGCGCUUCACAGAGCUGAUCCACCGGCGGAAGAAGGAUGGAGAGAUUGAUCGCAUGCACAAGGAUCUGAACACCAUCGAGCAACACCUACGACAUUGCAAGCGAGCCAAUGCCCUCGCCACCCUUUUGGUGGGAAAACUCUUGGAGGGCGAAGUGGACGAGCUUCCAGAUCUCACGGAGGCGGAACAGGUCAUGGAAAAGUACCGCUUGGACGAGGAUGCCAAGUCCAAACUGCGCGAGAUCAUCGAAAAACGCGCGGAGGACAAGGAUCAAAUCCUGGCCGCUUCGGCUGAAGCGCAAGGUGGCUUUUGUUGGUUUCAGGUCAUCUGA